CUCUUUCCAUUUGUAAACAUGUCAAAAUUAAAUCUGCUGCCUCGACCUACACGUGCUGCUGUAAACAAACGCUGCUUUUGAUUUUUUAACAUAAAAGUAUAAUUAAAAUAUUUGAAAUGCCCGAAAUAGAAGGUUACAAAGUUGUGCCCCUGAGAGUCACGCCCGAUGCCGAACAUUGUCACAGUAUUUAUAUGAAGGAACAUUUCAUACGCCUAAUGGAUCCCAACAAACCCAAGGGUAGAACACUUUUCUUGUUGAACGUACCCCCCUAUGUUACGGAAAAAAGCCUACAAACAUUUUUCGAGCAAGUUGGUCCCGUAGUUUCCGUUUUAUUUGCCCAAAAGGCAGGACGAGACGAAGAUCAAAAGUGGAUGCAGAAAGUUACUGAAUUCAGUAACAGCGAGGCUCCAUUCACAUUUAAAGUUGCCUAUGUGGUGUUUAAAAACACCAACAGUGUUAGCCGAGCUCUCGAACUGAAAAGCAUUGAUUUAUUUAGUCCUACAAGCAAAGAGUCAUACAUUGUCACGGGUAUGCAGUUGUGGCACACACAAUACAAUGAUCGUAUUUUAGAUGUGGACAAGACCCAAGCCUACAUUGACGAAUACAUGACAGCUUACGAUGAACGAGAGAGGGCUGCUGCUGAAGCUGCAAAGACAUCAGAAGCCGAUGCAGAUGGUUGGGUAACCGUUGGAAAGAGAGGAAACAAUGCUGGUUUUGAACAAACCGAAGGAAACAUUGGUAAACUGGAAGAGAAGAUGGAAAAGAGCAAGAAAAGGAAGGAGCUGACAAACUUUUACACCUUCCAAAUACGAGAAUCAAAAAUGAAAAAUAUUGUCGAGCUACGGAAGAAAUUCGAAGAGGAUAAGAAGAAAAUCGAAGCACUGAAACAGACUAGAAGAUUUAGACCGUUUUAGAAGUUAACAUAGUUGUAGAACGUAGUAGGCAAAUGUUAUGCGAGUAUGAUUUUAAUAAGAGUACAUCGAAAAUUA